AUUUUAGACAAGUAAAUGUAGGUUAAGUCAUAAUUUCUUCCACAUAUUCUAAUCCAAAAUGUUAUUUGGAAUAUUCAAUAUUUAAACAAGACAUAGCCCAAUUUCAAGAUCACAAUGAGAUAGCAACAAAAUUUUUCCCAUGUCUGGCAUGGCCUCGUCCUCGGAAAAAUGGUCAGUGUACUCUGCUUCCCAAAAUUUGUCUGCAGUUUUGAACAACCCUAAUCUUGGAAAGCAAUCAAGCUUUUUCGUGAGGACAUGGGGUGAUUCUUUUGUAGAAAAAACUGAUAUAGAAUCAAGUCCCCAUUUGCCUGCAAUAAGCUAUUCACAUUUUGAAAAGUACCUGAUACAAUAUGGAAGGAGAAUCAAACGACAUAAGAGGUUGCUUCAGUAUAAGUCUUCAAACAAUAAUAUCACAAAUACUGCCAAAGAAAAAGAUGAUGAGAAAGUUGAUCUUGAGGAUAUACCUGUAGUAUUUCUCAAACCAGAAUUUGAACUGACUGAUGCAGGUAUUUUUUCUACAAUUUUCAAGAAUGGAGAAAAAUGCUCAACAAGUUCUACUUCAGAGUUAAUAAAUGACUUAAGUAGAUAUCUUGAUAUUGUUGAGAUACAAAUUGCAAAGCAUGUUUCUCAAAAGUCAGAUGCAUUUUUUCACACAAUGACAUCCCAUGAUACUAUAAUGGAACAAAUGAAAAAUACUUGUAAGGAAGUUCACAGAUUGAGAAAUAAGUUGCAAAAAGUUGAUCAACUUUUAGCCAAGGAUCCCUUAUAUUUGCUUGGAUUGAAACGAAAAAUUGUGAAUCAUAUUAAAGUCUUGCAUAAGUUGAAAUUGAUGUCAACAGUUUUACAAACUCAACCUAAUAUACAACUUUUGUUAAGUUCAUCUGAUUAUGUUAGUGCCUUAGAAUUAAUAGCUGAUACACAAAAAGUACUUGCUAAUGAAUUGGCAGGAGUCACUAGUUUGAGACAUUUACCUCAACAGCUCAAGGAAAUGUUGAAAUUAAUUGAUAAGAUGUUGCAUACAGAGUUUGAAAGGUACGCUGCUGCAGACUUGCAUAGGCCACUGGAUAAUUCUAAAAAUGUUUUGGAAACAGACCAUCUAGUCAGUUUAGUGUUGGGAUUACUUCGACAGAAUCAUACCCAGUUCUUAGAAAUAUUCAAGCAAGAGUCUAUAACAGCUGCCCAAACACUUCUCAAGCAGUUCAUGAUUGAAGCACUUGCAGACGUCGAAGACGAUGAAGAACAAUGCUUGAGAGGUUCUGGAGAAGUUACCUUAUCAAUGGAUGCAACGCAUUGGAUGAAAGCAUUGACUGCUGCUAGUGAAGCACUGCAAAAACUCCUAAGAAGAAUAUUCGGAGUAAUAGAAAUCAUCCAGGAGACUGCUGAUUCAAGUGUUGUUGCACUGUCAUCAAAAACCCCUAAUGGUUUUGUUGAUAAAUUCCUGAGUAUAGAAGAUCAUAAGAAUAUAAGAAGAAAAUUGCAAGAGUUGUUGGUUUCAAUAUGUGAUUACUGUAAUGAAAGGUUAGCGGCUAUAAUCGGAACACAUUCAGACCAAAGGCCUUUAACAUCAUACCAAAUAUUGGAACUUUCCCAAACCAUUGAUAUAUUCACAAAGUUCUGUGAAGAAAUUUCAGGAAAACAGAGUCCUGCAUUACGAGCAGCUUUCAAGAUUCAAGCAGGAAACUAUGUCAAUAAAUUCCAUUCUCAGCGUAAAAACAAAUUGACAAUGCUGUUGGAUGCUGAGAGGUGGAAACCAGCUGAAAUUCCUUCGGAAUUUCAGAAUCUAGUCAUUCAAAUUGCCUCAAGUGGAAUUAUAAAAGAGAUUCCUAAUUUGUCCAAAGAUCAGGAAGAGGGUGGAAUUUCUACUAACAACAGAAUAUCGAAUUCCCUUUUUGUGGACAAUCAAAACUUUGUUACAGUAGGAACAGUGCUCAUUUUAUUGAGGAUUGUAUGUGAGUAUUGUAUAUGUGGUUAUGAAUUAACCUUACUAGCUCCUGUAAUUGGUAAAAAUUUAGCCGAACUCUUGAGAAUGUUCAACUCCAGAUCCUGUCAGCUAGUCUUAGGAGCCGGAGCCUUAAAAACUGCAGGUUUAAAAACCAUAACAAGUACCAAUUUGGCCCUCACUUCGAGAUCUUUGCAGCUAGUUUUAUGGAUUCUUCCUUUCAUCAGAAAUCACUUCAAUGAAAUAUCGAAUGAUCCAUUGACCUCUUUGAACAGCGUUGAAAAAGAUAUUCGAAAUCAUAUUCAACAACUCGAAACUAAGGUAUUGAGUAUUAUGGACACAUUACUUUAUGAUCAACUGGCAAAAUGGGAUGCUAAGCCACCAGUUCCUUCAAAGGCUUUCAGAAAUAUAUCAAGACAUAUAAUAAAGCUUCAUGAAGCAGUCAGUUCAGUAUUACCCGUUGAGCAAGUAACUUACCUUUAUGAAAUUGUUCACAAAAACUUUAAAUUCGCCCUUAGAGAACAAUUGAAAAGGUUGAAUAUACAAAAUAAUGGAGGACCCCAGCAUGGACUUGUAACAACAGAAAUAACAUUUUAUCUGCAAACAAUGACUAUGUUGAAUAUUUUACCUACAGAAGUUCUAACGAAUAAAUAUAUGGAAGACAUAUGGCAAAGAUGAACGAAAUUGGAUGUCUAGUAUUAAAAUAUAAUAUAAAAAAGAGCUGGGGAUGAUAACCUAGCUUACGUGAUAUAAAGUGUAAUAUAUUGUAAUUAUGAAUAAAGUGAUUUGUUAAUU